AUGGCUUCCAGCGACGUGAAAAAGAGCCGCGCCGAGGGAGUCUCGAGCCUGCUGAAUAUCGCAGGCAAAGCUGCCGAUGAUCUGCACAGCCAGACCGGCCGUGUCAUCCCCAACCUUAACCUUGUCCGCAAUUUUGGUCAGACCCUGCUGGCAAAUGGCAUUGUUGACGACCGCAAGUACCUCUACGAAGGCAUCAUCCAGUUGGCGGCAUCACUUCCCAAUGACUCCGGCCUUCGAGAUGAUCUGAGUGGUCAAUUCAUCAAAACGCUCUGGAACGGGCUCGAACAUCCACCCAUUUCGUAUCUCGGAGAGCAAUUCAAAUACAGGGCUGCAGAUGGGAGCUAUAACAACAUCAUGUACCCGCAGCUGGGUGCUGCUGGCAGCCAUUAUGCUCGCAGCGUAGUUGGACAGGAGCUGCGCUCCGCGAUUCUGCCUGAACCGGGUGUGAUCUUCGACACUCUCCUAAGCCGAGAUGGACUUGCGCGGGAACAUCCCACAAAGAUUUCCUCUCAUUUGUUCUACUUUGCCACCAUCAUCAUCCAUGACAUCUUUCGCACCAAUGACAGAGAUGACACGAAGCUUGUCAGCUCGUCGUACCUCGAUCUUGGUCCGCUUUACGGUCACGAUCAGGAGAUGCAAAACACUGUGCGAUCUUUCCAAGAUGGCUUGCUGAAGAAGGAUGCAUUCGCCGAGCGCCGCCUCCUUGGUCAGCCUCCCGGCGUUUGCGCUCUCAUGAUCGCCUUCAACCGGUUUCACAACUAUGUCGUCAAGGAACUUGCGACCAUCAAUGAGAACGGACGCUUCACGAUGCCGACUGCCGAUAGUUCCGGGUACGAGGAUGCGUUACGCAAGCGUGACAAUGACUUGUUCCAAACGGGACGACUUAUCACUUGCGGCCUAUACGUCAACAUCAUCCUCAACGACUAUCUGCGCACCAUCCUCAACCUCAAUGACAAUGACAUUGAGUCCAAUUGGAGGCUGGAUCCCCGCGAGGCAUUCAAAAAUGUCUUCGACUCCGAGGGUACGCCCAAGGGUAUCGGCAACCAGGUCAGCGCCGAGUUCAACUUCAUCUACCGAUGGCAUUGCGCCACCAGUAACGAGGAUGAAGCUUGGCUCAACGACUUCAUGAUAAAGAUUUUCGGAAAGGACGUUGACCCCAGUACACUCGACACUGCUGACUUCCGGGCUGGUUUGUAUAAAUGGUUCCAGCAAACGGUCCCCAAGGAUCCAGGCCAAUGGACCUUUGGCGAUUUGACCAGGGGCGAGGAUGGAAGCUUCCAGGAUGUCGACCUGGUUCAACUGCUCAAGGCCGGAACGGACAAUGUCGCCGGUGCCUAUGGUGCUCGAAACAUUCCGCCCGCGCUUAAGGCGAUUGAGAUUCUCGGAAUCGAACAAGGCCGCAGAUGGGGUCUUGCAUCUCUGAAUGAGUUCCGUGAAUUCUUCAACCUGAAGCCUUUCUCCACAUUCAAGGAGAUCAACAGUCAACCUGGCAUUGCUGAGGCUCUCGAAGCAUUGUACGGCGAGCCGAAGAACGUAGAACUCUAUCCAGGACUCAUGGCGGAAGAGGCCAAGAAACCGUUCUCUCCAGGGUCUGGCUUGUGUCCAGGUUUCACAAUCUCUGAGGCUAUCCUCUCAGAUGCGGUGGCGCUCGUGCGUGGAGACAGAUUCUAUUCUGUCGAGUACGGACCACAGAGUCUGACCAGCUUCGGCUUCAAGGAGGCUGCCUCGGAUUUCGAUGUUGCAGGCGGCGGUGUGAUGUACAAGCUGCUCAUGAGAGCUUUCCCUGGCUGGUAUCGCGCUAAUAGCGCAUAUGCUCUCUACCCAUUCAACACUCCCGAAAGGACGAGGGCAGUCUUCGCUAAAAAGCCGCCUCACAACAUCGAGCUGAACUACGAUCCGCCCAUGUUUGUCGGGCCUCCGGUUCCAGUCAUCACGUGGAAGGGCGUCGUCGAUGUUCUUCACGAUCAACAGCGCUUCAAAGUCCCAUGGGGCGAGCACACUUACCAGCUCACCGGGCAUGAUUACAUGCUUUCUGGUGACAAGCCUUCCAACACUGAGCAGCGGAAGGAGGUCCAAGAAGCUAUGUACAGGCCUGCUGAUACUCUCGUAGAAGUGCGAAAGUUCUACGAAACCGUCACUCAGGACUUGAUCCGCAAGAACAAGCGCAAGAUGGGUAAUGUCUACCAAAUCGACAUCGUCAAGGACAUUGGAAACCUUGCGCAUGCCAUCUUCACUGCCAAAUACUUCGACAUCCCUCUCCGCGACGACAAAUCCACCAACACCAAGAGCGGUUACACGGCCAAGGAAAUGUACGAUGUGCUCGCCCACCUGUUUGAGUACGUCUUCCUGGAUCUGGACACUGCCAAGUCGUACAAGCACCGGGUCGUCGCCACACGCGAUACGGCGCAGCUGGCCGAGGUGAUGCGCAAGGCUGUAGAGAGCGCGAACAGGUCGCCUGGCUUGUUCCAGAUGAUUAUGGACUUCCUCACGCCGACGAGCGGACCACCACUGCCUGGUUUCGGUAAAGAGCUUGUGUCCCGACUCCUCGAGCGUGGCAAGUCGGUCGAAGAGAUUGUCUGGGAGCUUAUCCCUACGCAGGCAGCAGCAGCAGCGACGCAAGGCCAAGCGUGGGCCCAACUGAUCGACGUCUACAUGUCAGACGAGUACAAGCACCACUGGCCCGCAAUCGUUGAGCUCGCCAAGUCCGACUCGCCCGACGCCUUCGAGAAGCUCAAGAAAUACGCCUUGGAAGGUUUCCGCCUCUUCCCCGCGGCCUCAGGCGUCCUCCGCGUCAACCCCAGCGCCACCACCAUCCCCUCACCCGACCCUUCCUCCUCCCCCAACUCGUCGACCAUCCCUCUCCCCGCCAACUCCCAAAUCUUCCUCGACUUCAUCACCGCCUCCCUCGACCUGGCCAAGUUCCCUGACCCGACGUCCAUCCGACUCGACCGCCCCGAAGAGUCCUACAUCCACCACGGGUGGGGCCCGCACGCGUGCCUGGGCCGCCCCAUCGUCACGACGGCCGGCGCCGCCAUGCUGCGCGUCUUCGCGCGCGAGUGUCCCAACGUGCGUCGUGCUCCCGGCGCGCAGGGGCAGAUGCAGCGGAAGUUGUUUAACGGCGCGUUUCCGGUGUUCUUGGCCGAGGAUGGCGGUAGUUGGGAGAGUUUCCCCGUGCAGAAGAAGGUCGUGUUUGAUGUGGAGGUGCCGAAUGUUGCGAAUGGGCAUGUGGGGAGGAGGAAUGGGGCGCCGGUUGGUAAUGGACAGGUUGAUGGGGUGAGGGGUUGA